AUGGAUUCUCAAGCCCGUCAACCACCUCAAGUCCAGCCUUGUAGGUACAAGGUUGGAAAGACGCUGGGAGCCGGCUCCUAUUCCGUCGUCAAAGAAUGCGUCCAUAUCGACACUGGUCGCUACUAUGCUGCCAAAGUCAUCAAUAAGAAGCUGAUGGCAGGUCGCGAACAUAUGGUCCGUAACGAAAUCGCCGUUCUUAAGAAGGUCUCCAUGGGUCACCAAAACAUCCUCACUCUCGUUGACUACUUCGAGACCAUGAACAACCUCUACCUCGUUACCGAUCUUGCACUGGGUGGCGAGCUUUUCGAUCGAAUUUGCCGAAAGGGUUCCUAUUUUGAGUCCGACGCUGCUGACUUGGUUCGAGCGACGUUGUCAGCCGUUGCUUACCUCCACGAUCAUGGCAUUGUCCAUCGCGACUUGAAGCCCGAAAACUUACUCUUCCGGACACCCGAGGACAACGCAGACUUGUUGAUUGCAGACUUUGGACUUUCACGAAUUAUGGAUGAGGAAAAGUUCCACGUUCUCACUACAACCUGCGGUACUCCAGGAUAUAUGGCCCCCGAGAUCUUCAGAAAGACCGGCCACGGCAAGCCUGUAGAUCUAUGGGCCUUGGGUGUCAUCACCUACUUCUUGCUAUGCGGUUACACUCCUUUCGACCGCGACUCUGAUUUUGAAGAGAUGCAGGCUAUCCUCAGCGCCGAGUACAGCUUUACUCCUAUCGAAUACUGGCGUGGCGUUUCCGACCACGCCAAGGACUUUAUUCAGCGCUGCCUGACUAUUGAUACCACUAAGCGCAUCACCGCCCAUGAGGCCCUUCAACACCCAUUCGUCGCUGCCAUUCUUAACGAGGGUGGCGAGGGCCAGAACCUCCUACCCAACAUCAAGAAGAACUUCAACGCUCGUCGAACUCUACAUGCAGCUAUUGACACCGUCCGCGCCAUCAACAAGCUCCGCGAGACUCAGGGUGGUCUGAUGGACGGAGCUCGUUCAAAGGAACCCAACCGUGGUGCCGCACGCCAGCAAGAGCCACCUGGUAACCGAAAAGUCGACAGUGCCAUUUCAAUGGGUAGCAACCAGCCAAAGGACAGCGGAUACGGUACACAGACCGAAAACGAUGUAGUGAUGGGUAACACAUCAGCAUCUGACGUCCCGUCCUCAUUGCAACCUGGCAACCACGGAAACCGCGUCGUUGAGACGUCCAAGGGACUCUGGAGCGGGCCUGCGACGAAGAGGUAG